AUGUCGGAAGUCUUCGACGUGGUGAUCGUUGGCGGGGGAACAGCCGGACUCGUGCUCGCUACUAGGCUCUCCGAGGACCCUAACUUGCAGAUAUUAGUCCUCGAGGCCGGCGAGGACUUAACCGAGGAUCCUAGAGUCAGCACCCCCUUUUUGGGAAGUUCCCUCACCCGUAGCUCCGCCGACUGGCAAUUUAGAACUGUCCCCCAGACAGGACUGGGAAAUCGAGAGACGGUUGUUCCUCGUGGACGAUUGUUAGGGGGUUGCAGUGCACUUAAUAACUUUCUCUUCGCUGCACCAUCUGAAUACAACGUUAACGCCUGGGCUGACCUGGGUAAUUCCGGCUGGGACUGGGCGUCCUUCUCUGGUUCUUUACGGAAAGCAUAUACCCUGACGAAGACUUCUAAGGAAACAGAGGGCAAUGGUCCCCUCGAAAUUAGUUUUCCUGAAGAUACCGAGUGGCUAAGGGUAUGGAAAGCUACACUAGCCAAUCUUGGAUAUCCUACGUCUCUAGAUUCGCUUUCUGGGGAAUUCUAUGGCGCCUAUUUGUCUGCCAUUAGCGUCGAUCAUGCCACCAAGCAGAGAAGCUAUUCUGGCAAUGCAUACCUUCAGCAAGCACGGUCGCGGCCUAAUCUAGCUGUUUAUACCGAGACGCAUGUCGAGAAGGUCCUUUUUGAUGGAUCGAACCCUACCAAGGCGACCGGUGUCCAGUAUAGUCAAGGCGGAUUAACCAAGAUAGCAACAGCUCGGAAAGAGAUCAUACUCAGUGCCGGCGCAAUCAACUCCCCCAAAAUACUCGAACUAUCCGGUAUUGGAGACGCAGAGCUCUUGAAGUCACUCGGAAUCAACGUGGUAGUCGAUAACAAACAUGUUGGCGAAAACCUUCAAAACCAUCCUACAGUUGGCAUGUGCUUCGAAGUCGUGGACCAGAAAGGCUUCGAGACGAUGGACGGUAUCCUACGGGGCGAAGCACCUGCUUUCGCCGCCGUUCAAGCAGAUUACGAGAACCAGGUCGGAUUUGGGACAAGAGGUAACCUCGAAGUCGCGGCACAACUACCCGUGCCCGGGAUCGAAACGCCUGAAGGGAAACGGGAGAUGGAGGAACUACUACUACGUAAUAAGGGGCUUCGAAACGACUCAGAAAAGACGACAGAAGCUUUUGCAAAAGCGCACGAAAACUUCGUCAGCUCGGUUCUCACCUCGCCUACCAAGCCUUCAGCUACAUACCUCACAAUCCCCGGCUUCGCAACCUACGCCGCCGACGGCACAAUAGCCGGCCCACCCCCCGGCAGCGAGAAAUACUACUCCGCCACGAUAACCCUCGCGCACCCUCUCUCCCGGGGCUCAGUACACAUAACAUCCGCCUCCUCCGCCGCCAUCGACCCCAAGUCCCUCACGCACCCCCUCGACGUCGAGAUCCUCGCGCGCCACCUGCACUUCCUACAAGCCACCAUCACAACCACCGCCCCAUUCGCCAACCAGCUCGUCGCCAACGGGAAGCGCAACCCGGGCGCCCCCGUUCCCUCUCUACCACCAUCUUCUUCACCCCCAUCUUCAUCCCCAUCGUCCCCCCACGACCACGAUCUCGAGGCCUCUCGACGCUACGUGCGCUCGUGUGCGACAAGCUCGCACGACUUCUCAGGGACGUGCGCUCAGAUGGCGCUCGCGCUCGGCGGCGUCGUAGACGACCGACUACGAGUCUACGGGUGCGCGGGCCUGCGCGUCUGCGACGCCGCCGUCUUCCCCAUCGGCGUCGGCGCUUGCUCCGCGGCCAGCGUCUACGCGCUUGCCGAGCAUGCGGCGGAGAUGAUUAGAUCGGACUUGGGGGUCUGA